AGUAAUCCUCAGCUCCUGACGCAAAUGAAGCACCAAAAACAGCUAUUUCAUUUAACCACCGAACAGACGCGAGUAUUCGCCGACCGUUUCCGGAACUUGUUUCGCAAGCAUCGUGAUCUUUCAAAUAUUUCAGGUAGCGCGAUGUCAGCUGCCUUUCUCAAUCUGACGACCAAUGCCGAAUACUGCCGAGGACGAAUCAUGUACUCGGCUCCACUACUCGGCCUUGAUCGUAAUUCCGAUGUCAUUCAGAUAUUUCAGUUUACUGCAAUAGACCGCAUGCAGUGGAUUAUGGGAGAAUAUUGCGAUGAAAGUGUUUCGGGGUCGCCAGCGUGUGAGAACACGUUAUAUCCCGAGUUCACACCUGUGAUAGGAAUCAAUGUCGAUCGACAAUCCAUCGGAAUCUGGUGGAUAUGGACACACCGAUGCCUAAGCGAAUACACUUGAAAUCAAAAGAAUGUGUUUUUUAUCGUUAUCUUCGAAAUCUUCUUCAGAUCAAAUACUUGGGUCACUCGAAGAAGUAUUGAGCAAUCAUGGUUGACUAAAGACGUACCCUACGAGAUCGACGAGCAAGAGCUGAGAGACAAGUCUGAAAGGGAUUGAUUGAUUGA